AAACAGAUGAGAGUCAUCUAGAGCGGCCCGAAGGGUUUGGUAAUUCAUCGGACUGGCAUUAUAUCAGACAUUUGCCCCAUCCACCGCAUCAAACUCUCUUCAAGCUCCAAUUUCUCAGUCCACCGGUGGUACUGAUUUAAUCGCAGAGGGGGAAGAUGAACAGAAGCCGUGGUUGACUCGCUACUUGUCUUAUCAUUUUGCCUCCGACCCCACCGAGUUGAAGAAGAUCAACGAUCAUAAUAUGGCCAUGAUUUUUGAAUCCUCCGAUAAGGCUUUUUUCAAAUCAGGCAUAGAAAAACCGGCUAUUCGGCGACUGAGGAAUGCUGGGGGUUUCGAUAUUGCAUCCCCCUAUGGUUUGGUUCCAGGUGCUCAAACCGAUUUUUCGGAUCUGAAGAUCAGGUCCUAUCAGGAAGACUGCCUUGCUCCUUCGGUGCCAGAAAAGUCUGCAGAGGAGGGAUCAUAAAGUCGGCUGAUUAUCUCACCGACAUAUCAUGUAAACCAAUCGAUUUGAGUGUGGCUAUCAUACCUACUACGCCUGGUAGGUAAUCGACAAGUCAAUCUGGUCUCUAUGUAUAAAUUUCUCGAUCCUUGAUGCUCGCGAGAUCUUAGGGCAAAUCCUCCAGCAGAACAUCUUGAAAAGAAGCUAAGCUUAAGAAGGUUCCUUCUUGUAUUGGCUGUAAACGUGAUGACACUUUUC